ACUCCCUGAAUGCAGCACAUCCCAGAUGCGGAAGUAGAGACCGAUGAAUAGAGACGUCUCUGACUUCUGGAAACUUUGCUGCUCUCAGCACAUUCAGACCUCUGCUGCUUACAGGCUUUAAUUUAAACCACGGCUGAGCCAUGGCCACGAUUCAGAUCCGGAAGUAUCAGGAUGACGACGCUGAGACAGCGAAGGAGAUCUUCACCUUGGGGAUGAGCGAGCACGUGCCUUCGUCCUUCGUGCACGUCCUGAAACAGCCGUUGACCCAGAUGGUGCUCAUGUGCAUGUUCUGCGCUCUCAUGACCAGCUCCAAGUCCUUCCUGUUACCCAUCCUCGCCAUCACCCUCAUCCUGGCAGCGGCCCGGCAGUUUGUCGUCUACAUGUUCAACAGAUACAUCGAAACCUCCCUCAAGAAAGACCUCAACAACAUCGGCGAGACCUACCUGAAGGACAAGGACUCGUGUUUCUGGGUGGCUGAAGUCGAUGGUCGGGUGGUCGGCACGGUGGCUUGCCUCCCCGCUGAAAACGCGCCCGGGUGCUUGGAGUUGAAGCGCAUGUCUGUGCACCGCAGCCACCGCGGGAUGGGCAUUGCCAAGGCCUUGUGUCGGACAGUAGGUGAUUUCACUCGUGACAGGGGCUACGCAGCCGUCGUCCUGUACACGUCCGUGGUGCAGACAGACGCUCAGAAGCUGUAUGAGCACAUGGGCUACAGCAAGAUCAGAGAGUUCCUCCUUCCUGAGCUUCCGUUCAGAAUCAUGAACUUCACGAUGUUCGAGUACAGACUGGAUUUACAGAGAGAUGAGAAAAGUGACUGAGUGGUCGUGAACUGAGACACACACAGAGACUGUGUAACAUUCGAGGUCCACAGUAUCGUCCAUUCAUCCAGCUUCUAUGUUAACUUUUUCCCAGCAUGCAUUACAGUUAAGCCAACCAAAUACUCAGCUCAAUGACAGCAUCCAUAUGAGGUACUGUUUACUCCACACACCUGCAGUUAAAGGUUAGGCAUGUUCACUGUUGUUACAGAUACACACAGGAGACAGACUGAUCAUUUAUUAUCACUGGAAAUAUCUGCUCUGUUCAUGGUCAUGUUAAAGGAAGACUUCACCUCUCACAUGAGCAUUUGUGUAUCAGUUACUCACCCUGUGUUACACUGAAUUCAUGAAUUAAACUGUGUCUUUCUCGCAUGCGUCCAUAGCGAGCGAGUGAUCUAAAAACUGAGAAAACUCUCAAUGAAUUGAAGUCAUAGGGGUCCAGUUGCGUUUACGACUCCCACACAACAUGUACAGUAUAAUCCAAGUCUCAUUUAUCCAGUCGUAUGCUCAGUACGACACAAACAGAGUCCUCUCUGACGGGGAACUAAACAGAAAGCUAAUGCCAGACUCCAUUGACAAAAGCAGAGAUUUUACCUCACUGAACACAGGAGCUGCUGGUCUACUGCUGCCUCCAUCAGUUGGUAAGUUUGUGUUAUUGUGUGACUGUGGUGAAUCUGAGUUAACUCUUUACAACACCAAAGUCACACAGUAACACAAACUAACUAACUAAUGGAGGCAGCAGUAGACCAGCAGCUCCGUGUUCAGCUGUGUUAAAUCACUGUUUUUGUCAAUGGAGUCUGACUUUGAAGAAACUCCAGUUCCCCGUCACAGAGGUCUGUCUGUCUGUGAAGUACUGAACACACGACUGGAUAAAUAAGACUUGUAUUGUACUGUACAAGUUGUGUGAGUCUGUAAACAGAUGUUUUGAAUGUUCUUCACUCACCGUGGAGGCAUGCGAGAAAAAGUUUUCCAUAUGAAUUCAGCCUAACACAAGGAGAGUGACUGAUACACAAAUGGUCAAUUUGGGGGACAAAGUUUUCCUUUAAACAGUUUGUGUUGACUGUUGAUUAUUUAAUUUUGUAAAAGAUUUCCUUUCUCUGUGAUCUGUAGAAUAAAUCAAUAGAUCUGAACAUGCA